AUAUUCCCCUAAAUAUUUGUAUGUUUGUACAGACAGACUGACUGACAAAAGACGGAGAAGUGAUCUCUAUAUAUCACAAAAAAUCAUACGUUUGUGCUAUUCUUAGCGUAGUAACUUAGUAACAGUUUUGUGUCACUUUUCACAAUACGAAUAACUUUUCUCGAAAAAACAAACUGAGUCAAUGAUCUGAUUUUUUAUAACAAAAGUUAAUGGUCUAGACCUACAUGAAAUGGAACAUUAAUCUUGAAAAUAUAUUUCAAGUCGGUAUUCAUGACACAAAAACUCAGUGGAGUCCCUUUUACAUACAAGAAGCAUACAUGAAGCAUGAACUUAGGAUAAUUUAUCUUAUCUUGUCUUAAUAUCUUGUCAGUAAGUUUUCUUCAACAAAGGGAGACAAUAAUGGUAAGUUUUCUUCAACAAUGGGAGACAACAAAUGUCAGAUAUGAAAUAACUGCUCAACAGAGUUAUCUUCUUAAGAUUAAAAGAGAAAGAGGAAGUUAAAAAUAAAUCCAGAAAAACCCAAUUACUUUUGUUGUAAACUUCUAUAAUAUUUUGUUUUUCUUUAAAAAUACUGAACAUCUAGUGACUUCAUGAUCUUAAAUCUGCAGCAGAUAUAAACAAAAAGAAUGUAUCAAGUACCAAAUUACACCAAGACUGUGUCAAUGAGAUUAUCAGAGGUUCUGGCUGAUAUAGGUAUUGAUGAGAGAAUGACACUGAAGAGGAGAAGAACAUGGCUUCUGAGAGAAUCACUACGGAACAUAAAUGAUCAACUACUUGAUGAGAAUAGUAUGUUAACAUACUUUUUUGGGAGUCAAUCAGAAGGUACAACUACAAUAGGAAUAAAAUCAGACAUAGAUCAACUUGUGUACGAUAAAACAUAUACUGUGAUACAAGACUGGAGUGACUGGAUACCUGGUGUACCUAAUCUCUUGAUGAUUCAAGAUAAUUCUGUAUCUCCUGGGUAUUGUUUACUUCAACGUCUGAGAGAUGAUGUUCCUCUUUCUACUGAUGGUGAUUCUAAUCAAUUCUUCUUCAAAGACAGAACAGGAAAAUUGUUUUUAAAGAAUUCUGUAGUAUAUUUUUUUAAUAGAGACAGUGAAAUACAUGGGCCAGCAGGUUUACUUCAAGGACAACCAGGCUACAAAGAUAUAGAUAAACCCCCUACUAAAGAAAACACUCCACUGUUUUCAAACAAAAAUGAAUAA